AUGUGGUGGCUACUGAGAACAACAUGUUUUGUUCAUGCAAUUCGAAACAUAUUUUGUUUUUUGGAAGCCAAGCCAAAGAAUCCUGAAGCCAGUAUGAAUGUUACUGAGAUAGUUUCCCACUGGGGCUAUGAAAGUGAAGAACACGAAGUUAUGACUGAGGAUGGUUACCUCCUCUUAACCUUCCGGAUUCCACGGGGGAAGAAUGAGAGAAAGGAUUCAUAUAACACCACGAAGCCAGUCGUGUAUUUGCAGCAUGGAUUGACUGUAUCUGCUGAUUAUUGGGUUCUUGACCCUCCCAGUAACUCCCCAGCCUUCCUUCUGGCAGAUGCUGGCUUUGAUGUGUGGCUGGGGAACAGCAGGGGCACUAACAAUGCCAGGAAACAUGUGCACCUAGACCCAGAUUCUGAAGAAUUCUGGGCUUUUAGUUUUGGUGAACAAAUAGCAUAUGACCUACCAGCCACCAUUAAUUUCAUUUUGAAGAAGACAAGACAACCUCAACUUUACUAUAUUGGCCAUUCCCAGGGCGUCUAUCUUGCCUAUGGGGCAUUUGCAACAAACCCACAACUGGCCCAGAAGAUCAAAACCAACUUUGCCCUGGCCCCUGUUGUGCUGACCAAGUAUCUGAGAGGUGUCCUUCGCUCAGUUGCAUACAUCAGCCCAGUAGUGAUCAAGACUGUGUUUGGUAAAAAGGAUAUAUAUAGCAAUUCAGAUGAUAAUCAUAUCCUUGAGUUCUUGUGCCAUCGGAAGAAAAUUGCAACAGUUUGUAAUAAUCUUCUUACAGUGAUGUUUGGAUACAACCCCCAGAAUUUAAAUGAGAGUCAUCUUGAUGUAUAUAUUGCACAUAUUCCAGCAGGCACUUCAGUUCAAAGUAUACUUCAUUUUUCUCAGGGGAUCAAUUCAGGUUUAUUCCAAGCAUAUGAUUGGGGUAGUGAAUCUCUAAAUAUGCAGCACUACAAUCAGUCUACUCCUCCAAUAUACAAGAUAGAAGACAUGAAAGUUCCAACUGCUAUGUGGAGUGGGGGGCGAGAUCUUCUGGGAGAUCCAAAAGAUGUUCAAAACCUGGCAGCCAAAACUCCCAAUCUAGUUUAUCACAAGAAGAUUCCUCGCUAUAAUCAUAUGGAUUUUAUAUUGGGUAAAGAUGCUAAUGAAGAAGUUUAUGAAGAAAUCAUUGAAUUCAUCAAUAAAGAUCAAUAA